CUAGUGCUUUAGCGUAUAUUCAGCUGUGUGAGUGCUGUGUUUUAUUUCGUUGUUUGCGGUGGGCCGACGUACAUAUCGACCGACCGGCGAGCGUGAGAGAUCAGUUCGAAUUGAUGCUGUAUGUGUGAUUUUCUAGUGCCGCAAAUUAUGUCGCCUGAGAACAAGAGGAGCACACCGUACUUCUCCAACGGGGACACCACCAUCCAGACCAAACCCUUCCCUGUCAGGGGAGAGCGUGCGAAUUAUGUGAACAGCCCACACGUGAUUGCCAUGGUUGGACUUCCAGCCAGGGGCAAAACGUACAUCUCCAAGAAGCUGUCGAGAUACCUUAACUGGAUCGGAAUCAACACGAAAGUGUUCAACCUGGGUGAAUACCGUCGGCACGCCACAAGCGCUUACAAAAGCCAUGAAUUCUUCCGACCGGACAAUAAAGAGGCGAUGGCCAUCAGGACUCAGUGCGCCCUAGAUGCCCUCAAUGACGUUUGCUCUUGGCUUGAAAAUGGUGGAGAAGUGGCCGUUUUUGACGCUACCAAUUCAACCAAGGACAGGCGUCGAUUGAUCCACAACAUUGUUGUUGAGAAGAUGGGAUUUAAAUUGUUCUUUGUUGAAUCAGUUUGUGAUGACCCAACUCUGAUCGAGCAGAAUAUCAUGGAAGUAAAGGUGAGCAGUCCUGACUACACAAACAUGAACGCAGAGACGGUACUCAAUGACUUUCUGCUGCGUAUUGAGCACUACAAGGAGAAGUAUGAACCAUUGGACGAAACCCUGGAGGCAGGAUUGAGUUUUAUGAAAAUCUACAACACCGGAGAAAAAGUGGUCGUCCACAAACACGAGGGCCACAUCCAAAGCAGGAUAGUCUACUACUUGAUGAACAUUCACAUAGUCCCAAGGACCAUUUACCUCACCAGGCAUGGAGAGAGCGAGCAAAACCUGGAAGGCCGCAUUGGGGGCGACUCGGACUUGUCGGCGAGAGGCAGGCAGUAUGGCAACGCUCUUUCCCAGUUCAUCAUAUCACAAAACAUUCCGCACCUGCGCGUCUGGACUUCGUGGUUGAAGAGGACUAUCCAGACAGUCUCAGGAAUUCCAGCCCCUCAGGAGAGAUGGAAGGCUUUGAACGAAAUUGAUGCUGGCAUCUGCGAAGAAAUGACCUAUGAGGAGAUUUCCUCCAAGUACCCUGAUGACUUUGCUGCGCGAGACCAAAACAAGUUCACGUACCGCUACCCGCGGGGCGAGAGCUACGAGGACCUGGUUGCGCGACUGGAGCCCGUCAUCAUGGAGCUGGAGAGGCAGGGCAACGUGUUAGUGGUGAGCCACCAGGCAGUGAUCAGAUGCUUGCUGGCUUACUUCACUGACAAGUCGUCAGAACUCGACCUCACGAAUGGAAAUUGGGACUCGAAUGGCUUCGUGGAUGAUGAUGACAAUUCAAGAAGCAUUGAUGAGCUGCCAUACCUGGAAGUGCCGCUGCACACAGUGAUUAAGCUGACGCCAGUCGCCUACGGUUGCCGGAUGGAACUGCUCAAGUUGCCAAUUGAAGCAGUCGACACGCACAGACCAAAGCCCGAGAUACCAGGCACAUUAGAUGAAAAAUUCAAGGUGAAAAGUGCAGCUUAGGAAGAGCUAGGAGUCGAAAAGCCUCCUGUUCUCCACGCAUACACAAAAUGAUUGAGAUUGAUUUUGGGACUAAACCAAUAAACUCUUUUCUCUGUUCUCGCUUUUGUGAGGUUUGCUUAAUACUCUGGACUGGAUUUUGUUGUUAAAUCAUAAUAAUGCUACUGCACGGAAUAUUUUUCGCUGCUUCCCUAUAAGUAUUACAGCUUAUUUAUCUGAUUUCAGUGAUGAGCCACUUGAGAAGCUUGAGUAAAGAAAUAUCAUCAUUUUAUUGUAAUAAACUAUAAUUAUACAUGUAAAGAGAGGCAGGGUUAAGUAGUUAUUACGGCAGAACGAUCUCCAAAAGGCCUGUUCUGACGUAAGUUAAUUCUUGGAUUUAAGCGAUAUAAAUUUAACUGUUUUAUUUCUGAGCAUAAAUAGGGAUAAUUUUUUACUGGAAUCGGAGGAUUGAAACGUCAUUUUGAUAUGAUGACAAUAAACGUUGUCAUAGUGUUAGCUUUAGCGAGGUGUAACACAAAAUAUAUUUAUAAAUUUACCAUUCAACACAAUUGUGUAUUUUUGUGAAAAAUAAGCCCUACCUUGCUACUGUGAUACAAAUGAUUAUCAUAGCAGGAAGCAGCUGCCGCGCUGUUUUCGGCACAACAUUAGCUAACUGUAAAAUGUUAUGUAAGCGUUACUAAACUUGUACUCUGUUGAUCAUGAGGUGAAGUUCAACACUCAAAAGAUUAUUUUAAUUGUGUUAAUUAAACUGUCGAAAAUGUUCAUGUGCUGGUCGUUGAAUAAAAUUGAGACUCAAAAGGUGAA